AUGGCAGGGACUGGACAUGUUCCGAAAUGUAAACAAAUCUUCAGUAUUAUUCUUAAAAUACUGAUCGUCUUGUGUUUCCUUUAUUUGUUUAUCUGUGCACUGGGAUUUCUUGGAAAUGCUUUUAAACUCGUGGGAGGAAAAACAGCCGGUAAAGCAUUCCGUGAGAACGACCUUCUGUCCAAUCCCGUGGCGGGCCUAAUGAUUGGUGUACUGGCUACUGUUCUACUUCAGAGCUCCUCCACUACUACCUCCAUCAUCGUCACCAUGGUCGGCUCCGGAAUCAUACCAACCAAGGUUGCAAUUCCUAUGGUGAUGGGAGCCAAUAUAGGCACUUCUGUUACCAAUACACUUGUUGCUCUAACACAGUUCGGCAACCGCGAGGAGUUUCGGAGGUCAUUUGCCGGAGCAACAGUCCAUGACAUGUUCAAUUGGUUGACUGUUAUCAUACUCCUUCCGUUAGAGGUCGCAACCAACUAUCUGUUCAAACUAACUGACGUCAUAGUCAACAGCCUAGACCUUUCUAAAUCUUCCGGAAAGAAACGUGACAUCCUGAAAGCUAUUACCAAGCCCUUCACUAACCUACUUGUAAAGAUAAACAGCAAAGUGAUAAAGGACAUUGCUGUAGAAAAAGACGGGGCGGAGGAAAAGACUGUCCUGAAGCGGUGGUGUAAAACGCUGACAAUUCAUGUCAACUCCUCUACAGACCGGAGCUACAACUUCCGGAACACAACGUUAGGUGAGACUUCAUCGUCAGAGCAGACUGAACGUUUCAAUCAAACCCACAAUAUGUCACAAACAUCGGAGAUAGCGGACAAAUAUGAAAGAAUCAAUUUGGAAAGAUGUGAUAAUCUGCUAGCUCUGACAGAUCUAGAUGACAGUGCCGCUGGUGGCCUCCUCAUGGUCAUUUCGUUUGGCCUUAUCAUCGUCUCCCUUGUAGUUAUCGUCAAGCUCCUCAACUCUAUGUUAAAGGGUUCAGUGGCUAAAGUGGUAAAGAAAAGCAUAAAUGCAAAUUUUCCAGGAAAACUCUCCUUCCUCACUGGAUAUGUGGCGAUCUUGAUCGGAACAGGUAUGACAAUGAUAAUACAGAGCAGCUCAGUGUUCACCUCAAUCCUUACACCACUUGUUGGUGUAGAGGUUGUCUCCCUUGACCGAAUGUUUCCACUGACUGUUGGGGCAAAUAUUGGUACGACUAUAACAACCAUCAUGGCUUCUCUCUCUCUUCCUGCCGACCAGAUUCCACACUCGCUCCAGGUUGGACUGUGUCACCUCUUCUUCAAUCUAUCGGGAGCCAUCUUGUUUUAUCCUCUCCCGUUCAUGAGAAAAAUUCCUAUUGGUUUGGCAAAAAUUCUUGGCAACGUGACGUCACAAUACCGGUGGUUUUCCUUUUUCUAUAUAGUUGUGGCAUUCUUCCUAGUGCCCGGAACUGUACUAGGUCUGUCCCUCGCGGGAACCAUGGUUCUUCUAGCGGUCGGAGUCCCUCUUCUUACAGCUAUUGUUAUAAUCAUUUUAAUAAAUGUACUCCAGAGAAAAAUGAAUAACUGUUUACCAAGAAUUCUUAGGAACUGGGACUUCCUUCCAGAACCCUUGCACUCACUGGAUCCUUUAGAUCGAGUUUUAACUAAGAUUAUUGGGGUGUGCAAGUGUUGUAGAAACAGGGACGAAUCAUCUUCACCUGAAGAGAAUAGUCUUCACGGGAAAUCAAACAGAGGAUUUGAAAUAACAGAAGAACAAAUGUCGUUGUAA